UAGCAGAAAAGCCAGCACCGUACACUAACGUGAUCAUGCCCAGCCUCUUCAGCAUCAUCUGUUUCCUGGGCAUUGUGGGGAACCUCAUUGUCAUCUACACUAUUGUUAAGAAGAAGAAGCUGAGAUGCAAACAGACUGUGCCUGACAUUUUCAUCUUCAAUCUCUCCAUUGUGGACCUCCUCUUCCUCUUGGGCAUGCCCUUCCUCAUCCACCAGCUCCUAGGCAACGGCUCAUGGUACUUUGGAGCUCCCUUAUGCACCAUCAUCACUGCCCUGGACACAAACAGCCAGAUCACUAGCACCAACAUCCUUACAGUGAUGACACUGGACCGUUAUCUGGCGACUGUCUACCCUCUGAAAUCUACCUACAUCCGGACCCCGUGUGUUGCAGCUCUAGUUAUCUGCUUGGUGUGGCUCCUCUCCUUCCUGACCAUCAUUCCUGUGUGGAUGUACGCAGGUCUUAUGCCUCUGGAGGAUGGAACCGUCCGCUGUGGUCUCCUGCUUCCCAACCCAGAGACCGAUAUCUAUUGGUUCACCCUCUAUCAGUUCACGCUGGCAUUUGCUGUGCCACUGAUUGUGAUCUGCGUGGUCUAUUUUAAGAUCCUGCAGCACAUGGCCACCACUGUGGUCCCAUUGCCCCAAAGGAGCCUCCAGGUACGUACGAAGAAAGUCACCCGCAUGGCAGUUGCCAUCUGCUCUGCCUUUUUUAUCUGUUGGGCUCCCUUCUACAUCCUCCAGCUCAUUCACCUCGGCAUCGACACACCAUCCAUGGCCUUCUUUUAUGCCUACAACUUUGCCAUUAGCUUGGGCUAUGCCAACAGUUGCCUCAAUCCCUUCCUUUACAUCGCCCUCAGCGAGACCUUCAAGCGCCAGUUCUUGGUGGCCAUCCGCCCUGCAAAAGAGCCAUGUCACAACAGCAGCUCUGUCAACAACAACAGCAUGACGGAGGCCAGUGUUUGUCUGAAACUGGCACCAGAAUCCACCCAGCAGACUCAGUUUCUGGAGGACUUUUCCCCACCUUCACUGCCUGUGACCGUUCAUUAG